CUCCGCUCUCCUUCCGCAGGGAAGUGCCGAGGACUCCGCACCGCCCGAAAGCUCCGCAGCCACCGCCGCGACCAGAAGUGGCACGACAAGCAGUACAAGAAGGCGCACCUGGGCACCGCGCUCAAGGCCAACCCUUUCGGCGGUGCUUCCCACGCCAAGGGCAUCGUCCUGGAGAAAGUUGGAGUAGAGGCUAAACAGCCCAACUCUGCCAUCAGGAAAUGUGUUCGGGUCCAGCUGAUUAAGAACGGCAAAAAAAUAACAGCUUUUGUUCCCAAUGAUGGCUGCCUGAACUUCAUUGAGGAGAACGACGAGGUGCUGGUUGCUGGCUUUGGCCGGAAGGGUCACGCCGUCGGGGACAUCCCUGGGGUGCGCUUCAAGGUCGUCAAAGUAGCCAAUGUUUCUCUCUUGGCCUUGUACAAGGGCAAGAAGGAGAGACCAAGAUCAUAAAUUUGGGUGAAACUGCCAAGAAGGCAAAUAAACUUUUUAAUUGGAAAAAA